AGCGACUUCAUUUUGUCAAAAUUAUAUUAUCUUUCUUCCUAUUGGACAAAAAUAAGAUUUUUCUAUUUUAACUUUAUGAUUACGAUAAUUAAUAACUGUUUAAGGCUGGCACCUCUCCUUAUUGUUGUUCCCCGAAGCAAAGCUAACCAAACGACGAAAGUGAAGCAAACCGUUUACCGGUUUCGACUUCCUUUCCAACGACGAAAUCUUGAUUUCCCGGCCAUUUUUUAACGAAAUUGAUUAGACCUUUACUAAACUCAUUAACCGGAUCCUCGAAUUUCGAUCAGGAAACUGAUUGUGAGAUGAGACCGAGCUCAACAUUACAAUGGGUAAUUUUCUUGUUGGAUUUGUUUUGCCGUUGCUCCUCUUAACAGCUGCUUUGAUUAAUUGGAGUUUGAUUUCACUUGUUGAUUUAAUAGCUUUCCUCCUAAUUCAUUAUGCUGCACCGAAGAUAGGUUUUCGUUUUCGGAGGAGAUUUUUGUUAUUAUGGCCUGUUAUUUUGUUUUCCUUUCUUGUAAUUUUUGCUCAAGUUGCAUAUCUUAUUAUAUGGGCAAUCAAGGGAAACAAAUGGAGUGGAGCAAAUGUUUGGUGGGCGCAUCUAAUUGGUUUUAUGGUAGUUGAGUCCUGGAGAUCACCAUAUGUGAUCUAUUUUUUGGUUGUGCAACUAUUAGCACUUUUAGUUGCUUUAAUUGAUAUACAUGGGAACAGGUUUGGCCUCUUCCCAUGGCAAGAUUCCUGCUGGGUUCACUUCUUAAACAUUCUUGAACGGAUAGGUUCUCAUCUUAGGGUUGGUUCCUGUCUGCUAUUACCGGCCAUUCAGCUGUGUGUGGGAAUCAGCCAUCCCACAUGGCUUUCUCUACCUUUCUUUAUCGGUAGCUGUGCAGGUCUUGUGGAUUGGUCUCUUACAAGCAAUUUUCUAGGGCUUUUCAGGUGGUGGAGGCCUCUUCAGCUGUAUGCAAGCUUUAACAUAAUCUUGCUUUAUGUCUAUCAGCUUCCUGUAGAAGUCCCCAAUUUAUUUCACUGGAUAGCUGAUUUUAUUGGUCUUUCCAAAAUAUCUGGAAAGACAGAGUGGCCUGAAAUUUGUUCUGGUGCUUCUCUUGUACUUUUUUACAUCAUGCUAUCCUUUGUUAAGUGUGACUUGGAGGAAAUGGAUUUCAUUAUGUCUAUGAGAGAAAGUAAUUUGACAGAGCAACUUCUCCCCUUGAGACAUUCGUUUUUCAUCCGUGAAUCUAGAUCCGGUGUCAGGCAUACCAACGUUUUAUUAAGAAGAGCAGUUUUUCGCACCUUUAGUAUCAACUUUUUCACAUACGGUUUCCCGGUCUCCUUGUUUGCUCUUUCCUACUGGAGUUUUCAUUUUUCCAGUAUAUGCGCAUUUGGGUUGCUUGCAUAUGUAGGCUACAUUGUUUAUGCCUUCCCUUCUGUAUUCCGUAUGCACCGGUUAAAUGGGCUGCUUCUUGUCUUCAUUCUCUUUUGGGCAGUUAGCACUUAUAUCUUCAAUGUAGCUUUUUCGCUCUUGACCAGAAAGCUUGGGAAGGAUAUGCAAAUAUGGGAGAUGGUUGGAUUAUGGCAUUAUCCCAUUCCUGGAUUCUUUUUGCUUGCACAAUUUUUUCUUGGCAUUUUGGUUGCUUUGGGUAAUCUUGUGAAUAACUCUGUUUUCCUCUAUGUGUCUGAUGAGAGUAAUCGACCUUCAAAUGAAAACUCCAGUGCAGAAGUGGAAGAAGAUUCCAAAGUGUUGAUUGUGGCGACAAUUGCAUGGGGACUCCGAAAAUGUUCUCGGGCUAUUAUGUUGGCACUUAUUUUCCUCAUUGCCAUGAAACCCGGUUUUAUCCAUGCUACUUACAUGAUAUUUUUCUUGAUAUAUCUUCUGAGCCACGACAUCAGCAGAAAGAUACGCCAAUCCAUGAUUCUUUUAUGUGAAGCUCACUUCGCACUGUUGUACAUUCUUCAGAUCGAUUUAAUUUCUCACACUUUGGAGCAAACAGGCUCUUCAACUAUGGAAGUUUUGCUGCAGUUAGGUCUUCUUAAACAAGAUAGUUCCUGGGAUUUCUUGGAAAUAGCGUUGCUUGCUUGCUUCUGUGCCAUUCAUAACCAUGGUUUUGAGAUGUUAUUUUCAUUCUCAGCAAUUGUGCAGCACACCCCGAGUCCUCCUGUUGGAUUUAGCAUCUUGAAAGCAGGUCUGAACAAAUCAGUCCUACUGUCAGUGUAUGCCUCCCCAACAGCCAAAUAUAGCCAUGAUCAUCAUUCUUAUGAGAGCAGGAUAGCAGCAUUCCUCAGUGCAGUCGGGCAGAAGUUUCUAUCCAUGUAUCGAUCAUGUGGAACCUACAUUGCUUUUCUGACUAUUCUUCUUGCAGUAUACCUGGUAACACCCAAUUACAUAUCAUUUGGGUAUAUAUUCCUGCUCCUUGUUUGGAUAAUUGGAAGGCAACUUGUUGAGAAAACAAAAAGGCGUUUAUGGUUCCCAUUAAAAGCAUAUGCGAUCAUGGUUUUUGUCUCCAUCUAUAGCUUGAGCAGUUUCCCCCACUUUGAGAUGUGGCUGUCCAGGUUCAUUGAUCUGUACUUUUAUUUGGGCUACAACUCAGAGGCUUCAUUGUUGCAAAAUGUUUGGGAAUCUCUGGCUAUCUUGAUAGUGAUGCAACUUUAUAGCUAUGAGAGGAGACAGAGUAAAUGUAACAGGUCCAACGAUCCUGAUCCAUUGGAUUCUGGGGUAUUUGGGUUCAUCAAGAGGUUUCUGAUUUGGCACAGUCAGAAGAUCUUGUUUAUAGCAUUAUUCUAUGCUUCUUUGUCUCCAGUUAGUGCAUUUGGUUUUGUAUAUUUACUCGUCCUUGUAAUAUGUUCAACUUUACCCAAAACUUCUCGAAUACCAUCCAAAUCAUCCCUGUUGUAUACAGGACUUUUAGUGACAUCCGAGUAUCUAUUCCAGAUGUGGGGUAGACAAGCUGGGAUGUUUCCUGGGCAAAAGCAUUCUGACCUUUCACUUUUCUUGGGUUUCCGUGCAUAUGCGCCAGGUUUUUGGGGGCUAGAAUCAGGAUUGAGGGGAAAAGUGCUAGUAAUUGCUGCUUGCACUCUUCAGUACAAUGUCUUCCGUUGGUUGGGGAAGAUGCCAAAUACUUUUCCAGAUAAAGGAAAGUGGGAAGAGCCUUGUCCAUUGUUUGUCUCAGAUGAAAAUGCAUUUGCCAAUGGUUCCAUAAUCAAUGAUGAAAAUAAGGCACCAUCAGAAUAUAAUGUGCCUUCUGUAAAAAAAGAAACAGUUACGGCUACAAGCACAUUCUCUUUCACCUCUAGUUUUACUCAACCACCUCAUACUUUUUCCAAUAAGACAGGUAGUUCUGUGGGUAGUGGCACCAGAAUAUUUUCAUUUGGGUAUAUUUGGGGAAGCACCAAGGAGAGUCAUAAGUGGAAUAGGAAGAGGAUUCUUGCAUUGAGAAAGGAAAGAUUUGAAACACAAAAGGCCCUCUUGAAAAUAUAUUUGAAGUUCUGGAUCGAGAAUAUGUUCAACCUCUUUGGCCUUGAAAUAAACAUGAUUGCAUUGCUUCUGGCCAGCUUCACUUUGUUGAACGCCAUCGCGAUGCUAUAUAUUGCAUUGCUUGCUGCUUGUAUUCUUGUUAGUCGCCACAUUAUACGGAAGCUGUGGCCUAUAGUUGUCACCUUAUUCGCCUCCAUUCUAAUUUUGGAGUACUUUGCUAUCUGGAAAAGUAUCUUUCCUUUGAAUCAACAUGCCCCAAGUGAGACUGACAUAUAUUGCCACAACUGCUGGAACAGCUCAACUCUUUAUUUUCAGUAUUGCAAGAACUGUUGGCUGGGACUAGUUGUGGAUGAUUCGCGCAUGCUUGCCAACUAUUUUGUGGUCUUUCUGCUGGCCUGUUUCAAACUCCGUGCUGAUCGAUUGUCCAGUUUCUCAGCUUCAUCAACAUACCGCCAAAUGAUCUCUCAACGUAAAAAUACCUUUGUUUGGAAGGAUCUCUCUUUUGAAACUAAAAGCAUGUGGACUUUUCUCGAUUACAUGAGACUUUACUGCUAUGUCCAUCUGUUGGAUCUUGUGCUAUGCUUGAUAUUGAUUACUGGAACCCUGGAAUAUGACAUUCUGCACCUUGGUUAUCUUGCAUUUGCUCUGGUUUUUUUUCGGAUGAGACUUGUAAUACUGAAAAAGAAGAACAAGAUUUUCAGAUUCUUGCGCAUAUACAACUUUGCUCUCAUUGUUCUAUCUCUUGCCUAUCAAUCUCCUUUUGUGGGUGUAUUUAGUUCUGGGAAGUGUGAGACAAUCAGUUACAUAUAUGAGAUGAUUGGAUUUUAUAAAUAUGAGUAUGGGUUUCGAAUUACUGCAAGAUCUGCACUUGUUGAAAUUAUCAUAUUUAUGCUGGUUUCACUGCAGUCCUAUAUGUUCUCCUCCAACGAAUUUGAUUAUGUGUCACGAUAUCUUGAAGCAGAGCAAAUUGGAGCCAUUGUGCGCGAGCAAGAGAAGAAAGCUGCAUGGAAAACUGCACAGUUACAACAUAUUCGUGAAUCUGAGGAGAAAAAACGCCAGCGUAACCUGCAAGUAGAAAAGAUGAAGUCUGAAAUGCUUAACAUACAAAUUCAGCUUCACACCAUUAACUCAACAACUAAGUGUAAUGACACUUCCCCUGACAGAGAAGGCCUAAGGAAAAGGAGAAGUACUUCUCUUACUUCUAAAAGGGGUUCUGCUAGCCCUAUUAAAGAUGAUGGAACCCUCAAGGAACAAGAGCAGAUAAUUAAUCAGGAUUCAGAAUUUCCUUUUGAUAUGAAUGAAUCUCCAGAUAGUUUAAAUAUAGAAAGCCUAGAAAGAGAAAUGUCUCCAAAAUAUGUUUCAGAGUCUCCUAUUUGUGAGAUCAGACAGGAAUCAACUGAUAGCAUACAUUUUGAUUCUGGAAAAAUUGGAAGGGGUCAAUCUAAGGAAAAUGCUCUGAAAUCUGCAGUACAGCUGAUAGGAGAUGGUGUUUCCCAGGUGCAGUCUAUUGGAAAUCAAGCAGUUAAUAACCUUGUGAGCUUCUUGAACAUUCCAGAAGAUUCAGAUACUAGUGAGCACUCCUUAUCUGAAAAUGGAGUUUAUGAUGAGAUGGAGAGCCAGAAGAACAAGCAUGUAAAUUUGGACCGUGCAUCUUCUCUCCAGUCUGAUAUGAGUUCUGAUGCUACAAGUCUGCAGAUUGGAAGGAUCUUCCGACAUGUAUGGUCCCAAAUGCAGUCCAAUACUGAUAUUGUAUGUUAUUGUUGUUUCAUUAUUGUCUUUCUAUGGAACUUUAGUUUGCUCUCUAUGGUGUAUCUUGUGGCUCUCUUCUUAUAUGCUUUAUGUGUAAACACUGGCCCAAAUUACAUCUUCUGGAUUGUCAUGCUGAUUUACACAGAAGUGUACAUUUUGCUGGAGUAUCUGUACCAGAUUAUCAUUCAACACUGCGGGUUGACAAUUGAUCCACUCCUACUUCGUGACUUGGGAUUUCCUGCACAUAAAAUCAGCUCAUCCUUUGUAAUCAGUUCACUGCCUCUGUUCCUUGUCUACUUAUUUACCCUCCUGCAGAGCUCAAUAACAGCAAAAGAUGGUGAAUGGACACCAUCUAUGGAGAAUAAAUUUUGUAGAAGAAGUUCUCUGCAUGGAGAAGAGGUUCAUCUGAACUACAGCUGGAGCAAAAAGGCAGAGGAACUGCAACAUUUAAUGACAAGUAUGGUAAAGUUGAUAAUCAGAAGCAUCUUUAGGUAUUGGGAAUCAUUGACACAGGGGGCAGAGUCUCCUCCAUAUUUUAUCCAGGUGUCAAUGGAUGUUCACUCGUGGCCAGAAGAUGGAAUUCAGCCAGAGAGAAUUGAAUCUGGAAUAAACCAAUUGCUUAAAAUUGUUCAUGAUGAGAGAUGCGAAGAGAAGAGCCUGAAUCAUUGUCCUUUUGCUAGUAGGAUUCAUGUCCAGAGCAUUGAAAGAAGUGAAGAAAACCCAAACAUGGCGGUAGUUGUUUUUGAGGUGGUGUAUGCCUCUCCUUUGACAAGCUGUGCAUCAGCAGAAUGGUACAAGUCACUAACUCCAGCAGCUGAUGUAGCAAAGGAGAUUCUUAAAGCAAAGGAUGAUGGGUUUGUUGGAGAAAUUGGUUUUCCAUACCCUAUUGUCUCUGUCAUUGGGGGAGGUAAAAGAGAAAUUGAUCUGUAUGCCUAUAUAUUCGGUGCAGAUUUGAGUGUGUUCUUCCUAGUUGCAAUGUUCUACCAAUCUGUCAUUAAGCAUAGAAGUGAAUUCUUAGAUGUUUAUCAGCUUGAAGAUCAGUUUCCGAAAGAGUUUGUGUUUAUCUUGAUGGUUAUCUUUUUCUUAAUUGUUCUUGAUCGCAUCAUUUACCUCUGUUCAUUUGCCACUGGAAAGGUUAUCUUUUAUAUUUUCAACCUCAUCCUCUUUACAUAUUCAGUCACAGUGUAUGCCUGGCAGUUGGAACCUUCCCAAGAACAUGCUACAGGACUAGCACUCCGUGCUAUAUUUCUUGCAAAAGCAGUGUCUCUAGCACUGCAGGCAAUACAAAUCCGCUAUGGUAUUCCGCAUAAGAGCACAUUGUAUCGACAGUUUCUGACUAGCCAAGUAUCGCGUAUAAAUUAUUUAGGCUAUAGACUUUAUCGUGCUCUGCCAUUUCUUUAUGAAUUACGAUGUGUGCUGGACUGGUCGUGUACAACCACAUCUUUGACUAUGUAUGAUUGGCUGAAGCUGGAGGACAUAAAUGCAAGUCUUUACCUUGUCAAAUGCGAUAAUGUCUUGAAUAGAGCUUCACACAGACCAGGAGAGAGACAAACGAAAUGGACCAAAUGUUGCAAUGGGAUAUGCCUGUUCUUCAUAUUGAUCUGUGUUAUCUGGGCUCCUAUGUUGAUAUACAGCAGUGGCAACCCAACAAAUAUGGCUAACCCCAUUAAAGAUGCAAGUGUUCAGCUUGACAUCAAGACAGUGGGUGGAAGGUUAACAUUGUAUCAAACUACACUUUGCGAAAAACUCCCGUGGGAUAAUGUCAACUCUGAUGUUGAUCUAGAUCCCCAUCACUUUUUAGAUAUUUAUAACAAGAAUGAUAUUCAGCUGAUAUGCUGCCAAGCAGAUGCAAGUAUGUUGUGGCUUGUUCCUGAUGUGGUUCAGAAGAGAUUUAUCCAGUCCCUGGACUGGGAUUUGGAUAUGGAUAUUCUUUUUAUUUGGGUACUAACCAGAGAUAGGCCGAAGGGCAAGGAAACUGUGAAAUAUGAGAAACCUGUUGAACUUAUGGAUCUUCCAAAACGAUCAGACAUCCAGAAAGUUCUUAAUGGCUCUACAAACAGCUUUAGGAUGCAUAAUCUUUAUCCAAGAUACUUGCGUGUUACUGGUUCCGGUGAUGUCAGGCCCCUGGAGCAAGAGGCUGGUGCAGUCAGUGCGGAUCUCAUUAUGAAUAGUGCAGAUUUUAACUGGUGGUCAUUUCAUGAUAUCAAUUCAUCAGAUGUGAGAGGCUGCGGGGGUUUGGCAGGACCCAUGGCCAUCAUAAUGUCUGAGGAAACCCCGCCGCAGGGCAUUCUAGGGGACACAAUCAGCAAGUUCAGCAUUUGGGGUCUCUAUAUUACUUUUGUGCUUGCCGUAGGACGUUUUAUCAGACUUCAAUGCUCAGACUUAAGAAUGAGAAUACCGUACGAAAAUUUACCUUCCUGUGACAGGUUGAUAGCGAUCUGUGAAGAUAUAUAUGCUGCAAGAGCAGAAGGUGAGCUUGGAGUUGAAGAGGUCCUUUAUUGGACGCUUGUAAAGAUUUAUAGAUCACCACACAUGCUGCUCGAAUACACUAAACCAGACUAGUUGGAAGGCCAAGCAUUAGAAUUGACCAAGUUACAGUAGAAUGUAUGCAUAAUAUACCAACUUUACGGCCCUGAGAAAUUAUGAAACUUCGAUCACAUGGUUUUUCUGCAGAGGAUCCUUGUCUUUUGUAUUUGAUGGAUUCUGCUUGCAGAUUUGCCGUUUAAUUCUCAUGAAAUGCAAGGCCCUGAAUCAAAUAUCUUUUACCGACUGACAGCUGAGGACCGUGGUGAUUCAAUUUUUUCUGCUUUGUGUUGUACAUAUAAUUAUUGGUUACAAAUUUGUACAGAACUUUUUGUGAUAGUUCAGAAAGAGGCAUGUAUGGAUCCCGAUAUUCAAUGAAAAUGAAUCUUAAUUGCAUUUUUUUCA